AUGCAAAGUGAUAUUGUUGAGAGACGUAAGCCGCUUUCACCUUUAUUUUUGGAUACAAUACCUUUUAAUUCUGUUAUGGGCUGGAAAAUUUGGGUUAAAUUGGAUGAUAGGAGAAAUCAAAAUAUUUAUAGUCAACCUACCGCAAUUGUAUUUUCAGAUUCCGAUACAAUUGAUGAUCUGAAGACUAAGAUUCUGCUCAAAUUGAGUAGUUUGGAAUGGGCUUCCUGUAAUGAUAAUACUACGUUUUCGUUAGGGGUUAUUGAUUUUGACUUUAAAUCUAACAUAGGGGAUACUUUAUCGCCGUUACCAAAAAAUAACUUGGGACCUAAAAUUAUCACUGCUGGCAAUGGUGAUUCUUCUGCAGGUUAUAGUAAGUUUCUCACUCCUUUAGAGCUGAAAAAACAAAAUGACGCUGGGAAAUCGGAAAAUAUAAUACAACUUAAUGAUUCCACCUGUAAUAAUCGAGAUAAGUUCAGCGACGUUUUUUCGAGUAAUGCUCGAUUAUCUCCAUCUUCCAUAAUAGCAAGUUCUUCGAACUUGAAUCUGCAUAAUCUACAACAUCGUUCGAAUAAUCUAUCCCAAUACAUGGAGAGAUCAUUCACAUCUCCCGAAACAGUGGAAAAACGGUUGAAAUUCACUACUGAGUUAAUAGAUGAAAAUCUUUACGGCAUUAUAUUUUCACCAGAUGAAAUGGUGAGAAACGUUUACACAGGACUUUUCGGCCCUCUUGGUUCACAAAGUGUUGCAGAACCCUUACUGAUAUUUCAUAAUUCCGACAUACAACAAUUGGAAAAUGAGGGUACAUCUAAAGAGCAAUCAGCACAAGUAAACGUAGAUCCGAAAAAGUUUAAUGAACAGAAUUACCCAACAGCUGCUGGAGAAAAUAUCGAUAAUGGAUAUCUGCAAUCACUAAUCGUAGAAGAUAAACUGAAUACCGAUCUUUAUAAUGAAAAUCCGUAUAAUGUGGAUAAAGAUGGACAGUAUGAAAUAAUACCAAAUUAUGACGAAAAUGGCAAUAAUUUAACUACGCCGACACAAGAACAAGAACAGCUCGAGAAUGGUUAUCCUACUCGGGGUGUCUUAUUGUUACCAGAAAACUUUCAAGAUAUAGAGGAUACAGAAUUCAUCAAAGCACAUACAAGAGACAAGUCAGGGACUUCGGAUUCUACAAUUAAUAAAGCAACUAAUGACAUGGUUCAGUCAGAACAAGAUAUUAUAUCCAACAAUAUUGAGAAUGUUUAUGAAACCAAUGAAAAUAUAAAUCAACAACCUGGGGAUCAAACUUUGAAAAAUCGAACCAAUUCAUCUUCAAAUUUUAAAGAUCCAUCUUUUAACUCAUUAAGUUAUUCAACUGAUAAGAUGAUUUCACCUAUUGAAUUUAAAUUCAACAGUGAAAAAGUUUUUCCAAAUAUUACUGUGUUGAUCGUGGAAGAUAACGUUAUCAAUCAAACCAUUCUUGCUUCAUUCCUGAGAAAACAUAAGAUUUCUUAUAGAAUUGCAAAAAAUGGUCGUGAAGCAGUUGAAAAAUGGAAAGAAGGUGGUAUACAUCUAAUCUUCAUGGAUUUGCAAUUGCCAGUAAUGUCAGGUAUCGAUGCAGCAAAGGAAAUUAGGGAAUGUGAAAAGCUAAAAGGAAUUGGAAUACGAAACCCAAUGGCAUCGUCUUCAUCAUUGUCAAUUGUAGAAUCAGUGGAAAAACCUGUUCUAGGGGCACCAGUAAUUAUGGUUGCAUUCACUGCUUCGAACUCUCUUACGGAUAAAAGAGAGGCAUUGGUAUCAGGUUGUAACGAUUAUUUGACAAAACCGGUCAAUUUACAUUGGUUAAGCAAAAAAAUUACUGAAUGGGGCUGCAUGCAAGCCUUGAUCGACUUUGAUAAUUGGAAACAAGGACAACGUAGAAUGACAGAUAGGGUCAUAGUAAAACAAACUCCCAAGUUAACUACUAGAAGGAAUUCUGAGAAUACAGUAUCAAGGAGCGGCUCCAUUAAAAGCACUUCUAGAACCACUACAAGCUAA